AUGACUCAAAACGGUUCCAGUGAAUACUACAUUACUUCUGUGGAACAUCAGCAGUUCCUUAGUGACGCCAAAGACAACGGCGUGCUUCCUCCCUACCCGAUUUUUACCAUCACAAAACGCGAGGGGGUCAACACUUACACCAUCAAGGUCAAUGGGAACACCAUCCGGAACUUAGAUAAUUGUGUCAGUUCCUUCGAAGACAGACAUACUGAGGAGUGGAUUAUCACUUUCAGGGAGGCCCAUAGACCAUAUACUGUUGAGAGGAAGGGUGAAGGCGGUUUGGCAUGGACUGCUCCCUGGCUCGAGCCGAAAAAACCUAAUCCCUUGCAGAUUCUCUGUGAGCCCCUCAUCGGUAAUCUAUCAGACCCUCCUCAGUUCGACCCUGCCCAUCUGUUUAAAUUUGAGCUUGCGAAAAGAGUGAAGUGA